AUGACGGACUUCACGAAACUGCCGUUGCAGCAAGCUGUUGACGACAUCGAGCUCGAUGAGCUCUUGACGAAGCUUCACCGCAACGAUCUCGUGUCGCCGUCUUUGGUUACGACAAUUGCAAAACAUGCGUCGUCUCUCGGCGAGAGUAUCUGCGCCGACUACCAUACGCUGAACACCAUACUUGUCCGACACGAAGCUACGAUACGGAAGAGAUGGACCAAGAAGUCUCCUGCUCAGCGCCGGGAUAUCUUGCUGGAAGCAUGGCCGAAUAUGCCAGAGGUGCAUCGUCCAGAUUAUGCUGAAAUUGCCAACAUCUUCACUGGCACUCGAAACGCAGCGGUUCUGAAAGAAGCUCUGCUUGUUCAGGACAAAGAGGUACUACCUACGGAUGCUAAGAUGUGGCCCUUCAUCAACUUGGAGGACCUUUCGAAGCCAAAGUGCUUGCUGAUAUUUCUCAAUGCUCGCGGUCGAAAUGUGCCUCUGAUCUUCGCACCCACCGAGGAAGAAUUUAGCCCGCUAGCUCAGAUGUCACCGUGCGGUUCUGAACCUGAACUUGAAAAGUAUCUACUCCAGUUUUCACGCGAUCCAAGCCCCGCAGUAUACGGAAAGACGAACCUCCUCACUAGGCCCAUCGAUGACUACGUUCUCAAUGAAGAUGGUUACGAGUACUGUCCGCGGACUAGUCUGCAAACUCUCCAUAUUCAACAGCGAAUUCUAAAGUUCUUGGUCACAUGCAUCAAGCUCAUCUUGCAUGACCAUACUGAGGAAACGCUGCUUCGUGGUACUGUCCAGGAGGAGCCGCCUUAUACUGAUCUUGAACUUCGGGGAGAUGUUGGGUAUACAACAUUUGCUGAUGCGCUUGUCAUCGCACCUUAUCGCAACCGAGCAUCCAUCGAUUUUACCAGACUGCGCGGCUACUUCAACGCCUUGCGUACAAAUGCGAAAGAUCACAUCCUGGCCUUGAGAGAGGACCCUUCUUACUUUGCGGAAGUCUUUGUCGAUAUCGCUGAUCAUAGUCCGCUGAUGAUAAAAGACGAGCAAGGGAAAGUUCAUCCGGCCCUGGGCGGGACCAGUUUUCUCUUGGUCAAAGCAAGGGAGGUUGUCAUUGAGGCUUAUACUAUGUUUUCUGUCUGGCAAGAAAUCUACAGCAUUGUCGAUGAGCUGUCAGGAACCUCUCAGCAAGAGUCCAACGAUCGAUUUUCGUGCCUCAUGGGCGAGCUCAACUGCCGAACACGAAAAGCCUCGACACUGCUGCAUCGUAUGCUUUCUCAAUAUGCUAUGUGCGCGCCUAAUAUGCGAGGGUUUUUCCGCCGUACAGACCACUCAGGAGCUAACGCGGCUAUACGGUUCAUGCCAUCAAGCAUCUCCACUUUUGAGGAAUUUCGCAUAGUCGAAUCCUUCCAUUGUCUCGAAAAUCAGCCGAAUCACAAUCCGAAUGACGCAGCGUUAUACCAUCUGCUCGAUGACGUAGCUUCGGUAUUUAGAGCCAACGAAACCACUAAAGAUCUAAUGUCGCCUCGCGUCUCACAGCUUUUCGCGCAAACAUCUGUCGUUGCAGAAUGCAUUAUGCAGCAUUCGGUAUGGUACGACACGCCACAGGGCAACGGUAUCAACAAGAACGCACCACACUCUCACAGGGAGGACUUUCUUCAAUGGCUGUACCACCUGGAUCAGUGUCAACUUCCGGUACACGCGAUUAAUCCAUUUCGAGGCAAGCUAGCCUAUCCUGCUCAUAAAGUCCGCAACAGGAGCAACAUUCAGGCUAUGCGUACUGCCGAGGCGACUCUAGAUCGAUUCUGGGAGUGUGUCGACACCUUCUACGAGGAGAAGACUGGUAUUUCUCAGCAUGAAGUCAUCCGUCAAUGCAUCUUAGAAGGCGGGCAGAUGCAGCGUACACCACCAUGGGAGGAGCCUUUGGCUACAAAUCCGAAGCCAAUGGGGCAGCCUGAGUACGUCUACCAGCCCUUCUCGAGGAUCUUCCACAACCAGGCCAUGCAGAUUACUGGAGCUUUUGAUCGACUAGCUAUCGAAGAGAAGACCAAGCCGAAGACAAAAGGCAGCACAACUGUUCCCGUGGCCGAUGAACCUGCCAACAUGGUCCCUGCCGCUAGCGAAGACACGUCUCAGCAGACCUUCACCCUGGACAAGCGCGCGUACAGGACCAUGAAAGCCCUGUUCCAUGUCGCUCUGUCAGACGACGAAGACUUCCCGAAAGCCAUCAAAUGGGACGAGUUCAAGCGCGCUAUGGUUCGCAUCGGUUUUGCUGCGGAGAAAUUGCAAGGCUCCGCCUGGCAGUUUACACCCAGCAAGGCUCUUGAUGUUGAUCGCGGCAUUCACUUCCACGAACCCCACCCCGACAGCGACAUUCCGUACAUUAUGGCUAGGCGAUUUGGAAGGAGGCUGGAGCGUGUAUAUGGCUGGCGCAGUGAGUUUUUCAAGCUGUCCUGA